AUGAUAGUAGCCAUAGCAUUUCUCCUAGUUCAUAGUUCUAGUCCCCCGAAGAGGCCACCUUCAAUGCUUUUCUACUUCCACAGCACUGUCCUCAACGAAACCCAUCCAGAUGCGAACACCGCCCAGGUAGUCGCGGCCCCGCGUUCCAAUCUCACUGUCCUGGGCUAUGGAACCAUGGUUGUUUUCGACGAUCCGCUCACUAUGGAUUACUCCCCUGACUCCACACCUGUUGGAAGAGCACAAGGAUUUUACGUCUACGACCAACUGACAAAAGAGUCGGUCAGUGCAAUUUUUGUUUUCACAGCGCUCUUCAACCAGGAGGAUGGCUUCAACGGGACUCUAAACUUCGUGGGCGCUGAUCCUGUGUUGUCGCCGUACAGGGACAUAUCUGUUGUGGGUGGUACGGGUGACUCUGAGCUGGCCAGAGGAAUCGCGAGGCUUUCGACUCAAUCCAUUUCUGGCGUUACCUUUGUUCUCAAAGUCGUGGUCACCUUGUUCUACUUUUGA